AUGGAUUUUAAAGCAGAUCAAUUAAAUUACAAGGCUGUUACUUAUAGUAGUAACGCUGAGCCCAUGACUAUUACAGAACAAUCCAUCCCAUUAGUCAAACAAGCAGAUGGAAGUUACAAUGUGCCGCCAAACAAGAUCUUGGUGAAGGUUCAUUCAGCAGCUUUGAAUCCGGUAGAUUUAAUCUUGUACAGAUCUGCAUCUAAGGUACUUUCUUACUAUAAUAGUCAACAGGGGGUUGGUAGAGACUAUUCAGGAACUAUUGUUGCAAUCGGUGAAGUUGCAGUUAAAAAGACGGACUUUAGUGUGGGGGACAAUAUAUGUGGAUUUUACAGACACAUUCUUGGUAAGGGUACUGUUUCCGAGUAUAUUUUGCUCGAUGGUACGUCUGUAAAGGAUUCUGCAGUUGUCCCAGUUCCUAGGAAUGUGUCUAUGAAUGAAGCAGCAGCAUGGCCAUUAGUGUUAGGUACGGCAUUGACAAUGACUCAGGGAAGGAUCGAAGUUGGUUCAAAUGCCAAAGUGCUAGUUUUGGGUGGAUCUACUGCUGUUGGUAGGUUUUGCAUUCAAUUAUGUAGAAACCAUUUCAAAGCCAGUGAGAUCAUUGCCACAUGCUCAUCGUCGUCCGCACCAAUCGUUAAGGGAUUUGGUGCAGAUAAUACUAUAGACUACACGAGAUAUCGUUCACUUGACGGACCCGUUAUUCAGGCUGCUGGAUCGGGAAAGUUUGAUCUUAUUUUGGAUUGUUGUGGUAAUGACGAUUUAUUCUCGUCUAUGUCAAAGAUCUUGAAACCCAAAUCUAAAGGAUCGCAUUAUGUAUCUAUUGCAGGGGAUACGAAGGUAAGUUACUCUGGUGCAAGUAUAUUGAGUUUAAUCUUACCAUCAAUUAUGAUCAUGUUUAGGAUUCUUAUGAAUUUGCUUGGUUUGAGCUCAUAUAACUAUACGGUGCUCCUUUUGGAGCCCGAAAAGCAAUGGGCUGAAUUAGGUAGACAAUUGAUCGAAGAGGAGAAGGUGAAGAUAUCUAUUGAUAGCGUUUAUCCUGUAGAGAACUUUUACGAUGCUAUUAAGAGAGUUGAGAGUCAAAGAGCUAACGGAAAAGUUAUUGUUCAAAUGAAUGAGUAA